UGAGCAAUUUAGAGCCGCGCGCGCAGGGCGGGAAUGUAAGAUGGCGGAGUAGCAACGCGAAGCAGUAAGUAUUGAGGUUCUGAGCCGACCUCGGUUUGCAUCUCGGCAGCAGCAGUGAUCACUGGGCAAAGAGUGCCUAGGGUAAUUGGCCAAGAUGCCGAACAUCAAAAUCUUCAGCGGCAGUUCCCACCAAGACUUAUCCCAGAAAAUUGCUGACCGCCUGGGCCUGGAGCUAGGCAAGGUGGUGACUAAGAAAUUCAGCAACCAGGAGACCUGCGUGGAAAUUGGUGAAAGUGUACGUGGAGAGGAUGUCUACAUUGUUCAGAGUGGCUGUGGUGAAAUUAACGACAAUCUAAUGGAGCUUUUGAUUAUGAUCAAUGCCUGCAAGAUUGCUUCAGCCAGCCGUGUUACAGCAGUGAUACCAUGCUUCCCUUAUGCCCGGCAGGAUAAGAAGGAUAAGAGCCGUGCUCCGAUCUCAGCGAAGCUUGUUGCAAAUAUGCUCUCCGUAGCAGGUGCGGAUCAUAUUAUCACCAUGGAUCUGCAUGCUUCUCAAAUUCAGGGCUUUUUUGAUAUCCCUGUGGACAAUUUGUACGCAGAGCCAGCUGUCCUGAAGUGGAUAAGGGAGAACAUCUCUGAGUGGAGGAACUGCACUAUUGUCUCACCCGAUGCUGGGGGAGCUAAGAGAGUGACCUCCAUUGCUGACCGAUUGAAUGUGGACUUUGCCUUGAUUCACAAAGAACGGAAGAAGGCCAAUGAAGUGGACCGCAUGGUGCUGGUGGGAGACGUGAAGGACCGGGUGGCCAUCCUAGUGGAUGACAUGGCUGACACUUGUGGCACAAUCUGCCAUGCAGCUGACAAACUUCUCUCAGCCGGAGCCACCAGAGUUUAUGCUAUCUUGACCCACGGAAUAUUUUCUGGCCCAGCCAUUUCUCGUAUUAACAACGCUUGCUUUGAAGCUGUCGUAGUCACCAAUACCAUACCUCAGGAGGAUAAGAUGAAGCAUUGUUCCAAAAUACAGGUGAUUGACAUCUCCAUGAUCCUUGCAGAAGCCAUCCGGAGAACUCACAAUGGGGAAUCUGUUUCCUACCUGUUCAGCCAUGUCCCUUUAUAAUAGAAUAAUUCCUGAGGCUUUUAAAAAAUAAAGUGAACCCCACUCCUUGUUU